AAAAUCAAGUUAAUUUGUUUCAACCCAACCCAGCAUCCAAUCUCUUCCUUUUCCACAGCUAGCUUUCUAAAAUGGCUUCCACUCACUACUUCCCCAUCCUCACUUCACUCCUCCUCCUCCUCUCUACUCUUCCCGACCCUUCCGGAGCCACAACCCGCAAGUUAGCUGCACUUUUUCAGCAGCAACCGCUCGUACUCAAUUACCACAACGGCCCUCUUCUUAAAGGCACCGUCACCGUCAAUCUCAUCUGGUACGGGAGUUUCUCCCCCGUCCAACGCUCCAUUAUCGCAGAUUUCGUCCAAUCCAUGAAUUCCGCAAACGCCCCGCCGUCUGUCGCAUCUUGGUGGCAAACCAUUGAGAAUUACAAAGACGGGUCGUCCUACAUUGUCCUUGGCGCACAAAUCCUCGACGAGAACUGCUCACUCGGAAAAUCACUCACCACAUCCCAAAUAGUCGAUUUGGCCUCUAAAGCCUCGACGAAGGGUUCGAUCAAUGUUGUGUGCACCGCAGCGGAUGUUGUCGUCGACGGGUUUUGUAUGAGCAAUUGUGGGACCCACGGGUCCGGUUUGGCCGACCCGAAAGACGCGCAAAGCAAGUUUGCCUACGCGUGGGUUGGCAAUCCGAUGACUCAGUGCCCAGGUCAGUGUGCUUGGCCCUUCCACCAGCCCAUGUUCGGACCCCAGACUCCACCGUUGGUGGCUCCCAAUGGCGAUGUGGGGGUUGACGGAAUGGUAAUCAAUUUGGCAACAGUUCUGGCGGGUACAGUGACGGAUCCCUUUGACAAUGGAUAUUUCCAAGGCCCGGCAACGGCGCCUUUGGAGGCUGUGUCAGCGUGCACAGGCAUAUUUGGCUCCGGGGCUUACCCGGGAUAUGCUGGUUCAGUUUUGACAGACAAGGCUACGCGUGCAAGCUAUAACGCGCAGGGCGUUAACGAGCGCAAGUAUCUGCUGCCGGCUAUGUGGGACCCAAAAACCUCCACAUGCAAGACUCUCGUAUGAGAAGAAACGCGUAUAUAGUUUUGAUAUAACGUGUAUCUGUUUAGUUUAUUUUUUCAUAACCUGAACAAUAUAUGUAUUAAGAUAUUGUAUUCAUUUUUCCCUAUAAAUUAAUAAAGAGAGAAUAGUGUGUAAUUGGGUGA